AUGGCGCCCGUCCACUCGUUUUUUCGACUCUUCACGCUCGUUUUGGCUUUCCCUCUGCUCGCUAUUGCCAGUCCCUGGAUCAUCACGGAGGAUUUCCGGGCUGUCACUAUCACCUAUGGUACUGAUGACUACUACUUCGAAGAUGAGCCAACAGCCAUAACUUCUUUCCAAUCAAUCUCGCCCACUGUUACAUCUGUGCCCGAGGCUCUUUCUACGAUCACCUCUGUCGACGAGUACGAUUCAGUGACUGUCAUCCAACAUCUGUAUCCCAGCAGUGUGGGUACCGCAGUCGUGGAUCCUGAUGAUGAUUAUUAUGACUCCUAUGGCAACGACUACUCCUCAAGUCUUGAACACACCACUGUGUAUGUGGUCCCGAUCACCCUGACGGCACCAUCGGUCUGCAAAUCCCAAUGGACUACAACUACCGAUGCAGUUCUUUACGUGCCGACCGAAGUUGCUGCAGGACUACCGCAUACAGCAGUGUCAACCUCGCUCGUAACAGACGACUCCCGACCAUUCCAACCAGUGACCUACACUUACGAGUAUGUUUCCGUUGCGCCCUCCCAAAUCCCUACUGCUUCCAUGAGCUCGCUCCGCGAAGAUGAGUACUCCUCCAUGUACGACAUGGGCUACUGUUCGUACGACUAUGGCAGUUACUACUGCCAGGAGGGCGACGAGGACUGUGUCGGCAACAAUGGCGACGAUGGCAGCUCCAGCUCCAGCACCGGUAGCGGUUACAAUGGCUACGACGGCUACAACGGCAACGAUGAUGGCGACUACGGCGACGACUACGACGGGCACAGCUGGUACUUCGACCCGUACUGGAUUGGCAUCUCCCCGUUCGCCUUAACCAUGAUCCUCCUCUUCGGCUGGAUCGGCGUCUGGCUAAUCGCCGGCUUCAUCGAGGCAUGGCUGCGCUUCCGCCGCCUAAUGCUCGGCUGGCAAACCCGCCGCGGACUCCCUGUAUGCUGGGCCUUCACAGUCCUCCCGAUCUCCCUGCUGCUUCUGUUCUUUUUCAGGAAGGGCUACCGCGCACGCAACCUGGCCGACGCCGCCGUGCUGCGCGAGAAGUGGAGUGAUAUGGGCUUCGGCACAAAGCUGAAAUUGUUCUUUCUCUGGGGAUUCCGCUUCAAGUACCCCGAUAUGCUGGGUACAGAGCCGCCGCUUGUCAAGUCGAGUAAGAUGCCCCGAGAUGAUCCCCAUGCGCCCAGGAACGCGCCGAGGAGCGGGUUACUAGCUGCCGCGCAGCCUGCGCCUGAGAUGACGGGCGCUGGUCAUCAGCGGGGCAUGAUGGCGGAUCCAGAGUUCGGUGAGGCAGGGCCUUCUUUGCGUUCUGGUGCUGUCUCACCUGUUUCUUCCGUUCCUCCUAGCCCUGCCGCUGAUGGCGCCCCAGCCUUUGGUCCCGUUGCUGCUUCUGAUCCUGCUCACCACGGCACGGCGGCUACGGGAUCGGCAACUGUUCGUGGGGAUGAUGAAAUUGGCCGUGCUCAAUAG